UCCCCGUCACAUAUCUCAUACUAACUGUAUAUAUUUGACGGAUGAUCUGACUUUGCCUCACAAUUAUCUGGACUAUCACAGAUUAAACAUAAAAUCGCAGAAUACUUAUUCAAUCAAAGAUGAGAUACAACUGUAAUACAAAAAUUGGUUUAGAAAUAAAAUAAAUGGUUGCAGCAAUUUGAUAACGACAGAGAGUAGGAAAAAGACGUCAAACGGAGAGGACACUCCACUUGCGCGAUAAAUAUUGAACACUUGUGAUAUAUGAUCCGAUGUGAAUUAAGCGAAAUUACAUUGACAGUAGAAUAACAAUAGAGAUGUGCGUUUAUUGAGUGGAAAAAAUAAUAACUGGAGUCAACCUGACGGAAAUAUGGUAGUAACCACUAGUGUCGUCGCAUAACAAAUCAGUAUUGGAUAAUAAACUACAUACUUAUGAAAGGAAAGUUGUGUCAUCCAUUGUUGCAACGGAAAUAAUGAUGGUGGGCUGAAUUUAUGAUGACAAUAGAUAUAUUAAUAAAUGCCAACAUUUGCCGGAAUGUUUUGUAGAGUCGAAUUAGACUCAGACUUGAUCGAUUCUAAUGAAUGCUUUCAGAAAACUAGACUAAUAAAAAGGAUAAAAAUACGAUUUUAAGUGAUAAAACUCGAAAGUUUGACUUAGCAUUUACUUGAAAAUUAAAAUAAAGGGAAAGUAUUCGACAUUUAGUGAGUUAAUUAGCUCUCAUUCAGUAAAAAAAGAAAAGUAAAAUAAAAGCUGUGAAAAAGUAAUUUGCCUUAAGCGAGGUUUAUUAUCCAGAGGAAUAUAGAAUUUUUCUCGAGCAACUUUUGUUGUCAGAAUGAAUUUUACUACACCAGCCUCAGGAAGGAGUGACAUGACUUUACUUGAUUCAUUGAGUAGUUGGUACAGUAACUGUCAUGGGUACAUCAGUUUGAUUAUCUGUGCCAUUGGAAUACCUCUUAACAUAAUAAAUGUUGUUGUACUUACCAGAAGGAAAAUGCACACGCCUAUCAAUUUCAUUCUCACAUGUCUCGCUAUCUCAGAUAUGGCUACAAUGAUAACUUAUGUGCCUUUUGCCUACCAUUUUUAUUGUGAAUAUUCAGCUAAUACAAUUUCGACUGGGAAGAAUAGUUUCGAAUGGAUGAAUUUCCUGCUGAUCCAUCUUAAUUUCUCGGCUACUGCUCAUACCAUAUCAAUAUGGCUUGCUGUCGCUUUAGCUAUGAUCCGUUUCCAUCAAAUUCAUUCUCCAGCAAAGGGAAAUCUAACGCGCAUGCGCAGAAUUAUACGAGCUAGAAUGAUAGUCGGAAUUAUAGUUGUAUUCUCUGUCACAAUUAUGAUACCGAACUAUUUAAGUGUAAAAUUGGAGCAGUAUCGACGACGGGACAACACGACAAUGUACAUAUUUGAAGAGUGGCACCUAGGCACCGACCAAGCCAAGCCAAUCAAGAUGAUAGCACUGAUACUGUAUAGUGUAUUAGCAAAGUUAGUACCCUGUGUUAUGAUAAUUAUCUAUGGUGGACUUCUUCUACGAACACUACGUAAAACAAUGUUACACCAGAGACAUCUGUCAUCAACAGGAGCAUGUUUGAACCCACAAAGAAGUAAUGAUCCGGCAAGAACGACAACUAUGUUGCUUAUAGUCAUUGUUUUGUUUCUGUUAACCGAGUUACCACAAGGCAUUUUGAUAAUGUGUUGUAUUUUCAUAAAGAACUUCUUUGAAAAAACAUAUAUCCCACUAGGUGAUAUCAUGGACAUAAUUGCACUUAUUAACAAUGGAAUCAAUUUCGUUUUAUACUGUACAAUGAGUCGGGAGUUCAGGUUGACGUUCAUAGACGUAUUUUGCUCGCCGCUUCUGAAAAUUGAGAAACCGAAUUCACAUGCCUCAACUGUUAUUUGUCACAAGAAAUUGCAAAAUAGUACUCUGUAGAAUAAUUGAUGACGGAAAUUCAAACUCAUGAUCCUACCAUUAUUGUUUUGAAAACAUAUCAUCGAAUUAAUAUAACGAAACGGGAAAAUUGAACAAACAUUUGUGAUCAAUAUAUGAUACGCGGUUUUAAAAAUUUUAUGUACUCAUUAUUAUUCAGCUGUUCUUUCAUUUAUUUAUUUUUCAUGCUUUAAGAAGAAUAGAGAACAUCUCAAAAUCAGUGACUAAUAAAGUUUUAUCUAAAACAAGUUUGACAUUAAUGUAUUUAUGAAUGCGGAAUGCAAUAUGUUUUGACAAGGCAUAUAGAAUAUUUUUCAUGUGCAUCGAUAUUUAAAUUAAUGAAAUAUUUCCAAAUGAUAUAUUGCAAACAGGAAGAAAUGUUAUGUAAAUAUAUGAAUAUAAAAAGAAAUUAUCAUUACUUAGUAUAACAAUUAAGAAUCACAAAUUGUUCUUGCAUGUAUCAUAAAGUAUCAAACAGUUU